CAACAAUCGAAUGGUAUAUGUUGAUGAUGUUGUCAUCUCGGAGCUCAUCCAACAUUUCGAGGAGAAACGUUGGCUGAGAUCCGUAAAGGCAGUGCGUGGAUGCGGUGCUUCAGGUUUGAAGAACGGUCCGCGUGAAUGGAGAAAGUACCCACCAUAA